GCGCGUUUCCAAGACGAAGCCCGGGGGCUGGGUUAACGGCGGUUCCCCGGACGCGCAGCCCGCGCAUGCUCAGUUCCGCUAGAGGCGGGCGGGAGGACGCAAAGGCAGCGGCGGGUGCAGCGAGGAGCCGGGCCGGGCCGCAGCGGCCGAGAUGCCGCGAGAGAUCAUCACCCUGCAGCUGGGCCAGUGCGGCAACCAGAUCGGGUUCGAGUUCUGGAAGCAGCUGUGUGCCGAGCACGGCAUCAGCCCCGAGGGCAUCGUUGAGGAGUUCGCCACCGAGGGCACCGAUCGCAAAGACGUCUUCUUCUACCAGGCAGAUGAUGAACAUUACAUCCCCCGAGCUGUGCUGCUGGACCUCGAGCCUCGAGUGAUCCAUUCCAUUCUGAACUCCCCCUACGCCAACCUGUACAACCCGGAAAACAUCUACCUGUCCGAGCAUGGCGGCGGGGCUGGGAACAACUGGGCCAGCGGCUUCUCACAGGGGGAAAAAAUCCACGAAGAUAUCUUUGACAUCAUAGACAGAGAGGCUGAUGGGAGCGACAGCUUAGAGGGCUUCGUGCUGUGCCACUCCAUUGCUGGUGGAACAGGCUCAGGGCUGGGCUCCUAUCUGCUGGAGCGACUGAAUGACAGGUAUCCCAAGAAGCUGGUGCAGACCUACUCCGUCUUCCCCAACCAGGAUGAGAUGAGCGAUGUGGUGGUCCAGCCAUACAACUCCCUGCUGACACUCAAGAGGCUGACUCAGAACGCUGACUGUGUGGUGGUUCUGGACAACACAGCCCUGAAUCGGAUCGCCACAGACCGGCUGCACAUCCAGAACCCGUCCUUCUCCCAGAUCAACCAGCUGGUCUCCACCAUCAUGUCUGCCAGCACCACCACGCUCAGGUAUCCCGGCUACAUGAACAACGACCUGAUUGGGCUGAUCGCCUCGCUCAUCCCCACCCCCCGACUCCACUUCCUGAUGACGGGGUACACGCCACUCACCACAGACCAGUCGGUGGCCAGCGUGCGGAAAACCACGGUCCUGGACGUGAUGAGAAGAUUGUUGCAGCCUAAGAAUGUCAUGGUCUCCACGGGGAGGGACAGACAAACCAACCACUGCUACAUCGCCAUCCUGAACAUCAUCCAGGGUGAGGUGGACCCAACACAGGUUCACAAGAGCCUGCAGAGGAUCCGGGAGAGGAAACUGGCCAACUUCAUCCCCUGGGGCCCUGCCAGCAUCCAGGUGGCGCUGUCCAGGAAGUCCCCGUACCUGCCAUCUGCUCACCGUGUCAGUGGCCUGAUGAUGGCAAACCACACCAACAUCUCCUCGCUGUUCGAGCGGACGUGCCGGCAGUACGACAAGCUGCGCAAGAGGGAGGCCUUCCUGGAGCAGUUCCGCAAGGAGGAUAUCUUCAAGGACAACUUCGACGAGCUGGACAACUCCCGGGAGAUUGUGCAGCAGCUGAUUGACGAGUACCACGCGGCCACACGCCCCGACUACAUCUCCUGGGGCACGCAGGAGCAGUGAGCACCCCCAGGCUCUGCGAGGGAGCGCACAGAGCACGGCCCCUUUCCAUGUAACUUCAGGGGCCACAAGCCCCCCCUCUACAUGUUAGUCCUCAUGGCUUCUGCUCACCCCCCGAGGAGGGACGGAGUGGGGCUCCCUGGCACAGCAGCACUGCACCCUUGGGAGUCACGCCAUUGCGGGGCAGAGCCCGUACACCCCUCCUCCCAGCAGGACCCCAGCCCCAGCACUGGUGGCUCCUUAGUACAGGGGCCUUUCCUCUGCCGGGGGUUAGGGGCAGCGGCUCGCCGCCCGGGGGGGUGUUGUGUGGGAGCAGGAAUCCUUGCCCUAAGUGCUCCCCUUCUCGGGGAGGGCAAAAGCCACAGGCCUCAGCCUGGAAUGGGCCGGGGCUAAGACCUCGGCCAAGCAGGGAGCAUGUAGGACCUGGCUGAGCUAAGCUGGGCCCCUCAGCUACCCUCAGUCCUUAGCCUGGGCAGCUGGCGCUGAGGGCAGCGGGGGCUGUAUCUAUUUUUGUAGCUUAUUUUGCUUCAAUAAAGGCUGUUGCUGCCUUGA